GCAACGUCGCGCUCCACUGCAUACUUGUGUUUCUAUGCAGGCAACGGGGAGGUGGGGAAGAGCCAGGGAGGGGGUUGUAGAUGUAGAAAGGGAAAGGAAGAGGAGGUAAAGUGAGAGUGACAGAGAAAAAGGGGGAGGGAGAAUAAACCGCAGGCUGGUGUGUUCAUUGAAAAGGGAGUGGUCCUUAUUACAAUAAUAAUUUUGCCGUUUGUGGGUGCAUGUACAGAAGAAGGCUGCUGGGCACAAGCCAUCACAGUUAACGUUCCAUUUGUAGCGCGCGCGCGUCUGUGUGCGCGAGCGUGCGGGAGAGCUCGUUUCGCUGUCUAGAAGGCGAUUCCGUUCGCGCAACCAGAAAGCGAGGGAAGCAGCGUGCGUUUGAGUAUAGCAUUGGACACUGGAUGUUGGAAUCUAUCUAUCCUGAAUAUUUGGAAUGUUGCGAUUCUUCGCCAAUUCACCACAAGAGAGAUUUUCUUGCAUCAGAAAAGGACAGAGAGGGAAAGCGGCAAUCAGAAGCAAGCAGGUGCUUUCCGAUAUCACCGGUGUUUUUUUCGUCGUGCCUUCGUGUUUGAGCCCAGCUGAAGAGCAGUGGAGUUGAGCUUUUUCCUCUGGAUCUGGGGAAAACUACCAAGAUUGUUAAUAGGAAAUCAGCUAUUUUAAAUCACUGACACAAAGAGGUUGUGCGUCUAUCAGUUAGUUCAAUUAAUAUUAAAUUAAUGACAGUUAGCUGUAUAUUGGUUGUUGUGGAUUGGCGUUUUACAUUGGAUAUAAGCAGAAGGAACUCGCAGUUCUCGGUUGUAAACGGGUUAACAAUGGUAACUGAUCAUAAAAAUAAGAACGGCAAGAGUCAUUCUUGCGGUGACUGUUGCCGGGGGCAGUGCCAGUUCUCCGUGGCAUGUGAUUGAGCAGCGCAGUGUCAGGAAGUGUUACCGCUGUGUGUGCGAGUUCUUGUGUAUGUGUGUGAAAGGGAGUUUGUUGUGUGUUAGGACAUGCAUGUAAGCCCACCGCCUAUGUGUGGUUGGCCAUUGUAAGCUCGUCUCAGCGCUGUCUUUAAGAGCAGUCAGUCAGUGCGCAUUUGGUACACGACAGGGGAUCGGCUCGGUGCAAGGAGAAUUCCGUGGAUCUGUCCGUGUCACCGGUGCAGCGCGCGCUGUGGAAGUCAGUCUGGCCGUCCACUAAGUCAGUGUUAGGAUGAGUCAGAUGAUUGUGUGCAGAAUUGUGGUGUAGCAAGGCACUGUUUUAGUAGUCAGUCUGUUUGUUAGCCAGUUGUCACGUUCCAGAUCCCUGGCUAUCCUUGUCUUUUCUCUUUGAGCUUGCUUGAGCAGUAUGUGCAUGGAUAUUUUUCACUUGCGUAAUCAAUGUGUUCAAGCAUAGUGACCACAAGGGGUUAAUCUCCAUGCCAGCUCGCUCAGUGAAGACACAGUGGGACUGGCAGUCCGGGGGCUGUGGUCCCUGAGGUUGUCAUUGGAACGGCCACUACAGGGGUGCAGCUCCGCCAACUCAUAUCCAGACAUGGCUGUCUGCGCCAGUCCUCAUCAGGCAAGCAUAGGCAUGCCGGUGUAGAGGCCCAGCCCUGUGAGCCCGCAAACAUCUGAACACCAUAGCUCACAGCACCUCGUCUACUCAGACAGCACCUGUGUGUGCCAGGUUGCAGAAGCUUGGACCCGUGCCACCCUGACAACUGUAGCACUACCAGUUAAGAGGCAGCCCAGCGUGCCAGUUUGGACUCUUUCCCUGACAGGAGAACACGCGCCUGCAGCGCGUAGGCCGGACCGCCCAGGCGCCACCCCCCUUUCGGAAAGGAGCAGGGGCGGCAGCCCAGCCGGGACGGGGCCGGGGGGGAGGGGGUCAUAGUGCCACACUGUCCCGUCCUCAGGGGAGCGUGAGAGAGAGCAAGCAGUCAGGAUGCAGGUGUCCAUCGCCUGCACGGAGCACAACCUGAAGAGCCGGAGCAGCGAGGACCGGCUCUGCGGGCUUCGCACCGUCCCGCCGGGAGGGGGCUGCCCCAGCGGGGGAGGAGGCGGGGGAGGCGGGGGUGGCGGAGGAGGUGGCGGCGGAGGGGGUGGAGGCGGAGGAGGCCAGGGGGGAAAUGGCCACCACACGUCCCAGGGGCAGACCAAGUCGAGGGCGGCGGUGGCCACGCGGACCGUCACCCAGGGACACGCCCACAUGAAGGAGACCAUCGGGCGGCACAGCAGCAUGAAGUACAGGAAUCUGGGGAAGUCAGGCCUGAGAGUAUCCUGUCUGGGACUUGGCACCUGGGUGACCUUUGGCUCCCAAAUCUCAGAUGAAAUGGCAGAGAACCUGAUGACCAUCGCUUAUGAAAACGGUGUAAACCUCUUUGACACUGCUGAGGUAUAUGCUUCUGGAAGGGCUGAAGUCACCCUGGGAAACAUCAUUAAGAAGAAAGGAUGGAGACGAUCCAGCUUCGUAGUGACCACUAAAAUCUACUGGGGAGGACAGGCGGAGACAGAGAGGGGGCUGUCCAGAAAGCACAUCAUUGAAGGCCUGAGGGGCUCGCUGUCCCGUCUGCAGCUGGAGUAUGUGGACAUCGUAUUCGCCAACCGCACUGAUGUCAACAGCCCCAUGGAAGAGGUGGUGCGAGCCAUGACCUUCGUCAUCAACCAGGGCAUGGCCAUGUACUGGGGCACCUCUCGCUGGAGUGCCAUGGAGAUCAUGGAGGCGUACUCCGUUGCGCGGCAGUUUAACCUGAUACCCCCAGUGUGUGAGCAGGCUGAGUACCACUACUUCCAGAGGGACAAAGUGGAGGUUCAGCUACCCGAACUCUACCACAAGAUUGGUGUUGGUGCAAUGACCUGGUCCCCCUUGGCGUGUGGACUGAUCACUGGGAAGUACAGUGAUGGGGUUCCAGACUGCUCACGUGCUGCAAUGAAGGGGUACCAGUGGCUGAAGGAGCGUGUUAACAGUGAGGAGGGGCGCAGACAGCUGGCCAAGAUUAAAGAGCUCCACCUGCUGGCUGACCGACUGGGCUGUACUGCUGCACAACUGGCCAUUGCUUGGUGUCUGCGCAGCGAGGGAGUGAGCUCUGUGUUGAUGGGCGUCUCCAACACUGACCAGCUUCUAGAGAACCUGGGCUCUAUACGGAUCCUGUCUCAGAUGACGCCACAGACGGUGAACGAGAUGGACUCACUCCUGGGAAACAAGCCGCACUCCAAGAAGGAGUCGCGUGCGUGAGGAGCAGGAGGCGCAGAGGCGGAAAGAGAGAGAGAGAGAGAGAGGGGGAGAGAGGAGCUGAAGGAGAGGGAGGAACAACCGAAGAGUGAGAGGACGUAUCGUCCUUUUUCCGCCUUCUUUAUUAGCAAAUCGCAUGUUUUUUUCAACAUCGCGCUUCCAGUAACCAGCUGCACAUCUACUUAUAUCAUGUAUGUAUAUGAAGAAAAAUAAACCAACGGAUGUUCUAGCUGAAGCAUUGAAAGGACACACAAAAAAGAUGGUGAAAUAAAAUCUAAGAAAUCAAGUGACAUGUGGAGAGAGAUCACGGAGAAACAGAUGUAUUCCUAUUUUUCCAGAUGAGAGACUGAGAAUGGGGGAGGGAGCAGGGCAGUGACUGGGCAGUAAUGUCCUCCAGCUUCUUAUUUCCCAGUUUCCAAGAGGCUCCCCCAGAACUCAAACACAAUAUCUUAAUUCCUUUCUUGUGUCUGUACGCAUGUCCCUUUAAGAAUGACAAAUGUUGGGGGGGGGGGUGCUACUUUGUCAUUGGCCAAUCAUACGAUGGAAGAAAAGCAGCAUGCACUCUACAGCAGCCUGGCUUUGAGAAGAAGAAAAAAAGGCACUUGAAUGGAACAGCUACUCUCUGUAAGGUUUCAAGACAGCGUUUGUGUCAUCAUGUUCUGAAACUGUUUCUGAAGUAUAGAGGAGAUUAUAAUGACUCAAGAAUGCCAUUGUGAGCUGCUGGGUCCUCAGAGACUCCUCAUUUCCUCUGAGAGACUCCACAUAGCAAAUAUUGAACCCAGACUCUUAACGCACGUCAGGCUGAUCUACGCUUUUCCACACUUCAGGCUGGGGGGCUCCGGCGGGUACGUCCCCUGGUGUCUCUGAGAUUCACAGUUCCGAGGACUAUGGAGAUGCUUCUCAAACAGCAGCUUAUUGACUCCUGAAACAGGUGAUUUGCUUACCCAUGCAGUCAGUGGCUCCAGUCAGUUGAUUCAGGCCUGAGCUGGAAUGAAGUUGAGUUAGCCACAGACCUUCAGUGGGCACCACCAGACUAGAGCCUCAGUGGACUCGCAGGUGUUGGCUACAGACCAUGUCACCAAGCUCAUGUGUGCUUCUCUUGUAGUGUUUAAUCAUCAAUACCACAAUUGUAUAGCGGUCAGAGAGGCACAUCUGAAAUUGGUCAACAUUGAUGGUAAAUGGCAGGUGGUGCUAUUUGCCGCCCCUGACUCUGCUUUCUUUGAAAACAAUGUUUGAUUGGCUAUCAAGGGAUGUAAGACAAAUUUGGAACUUAAGCUAACCCAGUGUGUUGAACAUAUUCUUUAAAAUGUCAGCUGAGUAAUGCAAAGACAUUAAAUAGUCAAACCCUUUAAGGUAAUUCUGUAUCUUUUUGAACCUCUUAAGCAUGGAGGGAGAGCUCAGAUGUCAUGGAGAAAAAACAUAAAGAUGGACUUGUGAUCGGAGUUUGGGCCUCAAUACCAUAAUUUCUUGUGUGGAAUCAGGAUUUUGAAACCAGUGUUGGUAGGGCAUUGAUUUUAAGGGAUUUCAAAUCCAUUGCAUCAGUUGCUCUUAAAUAGAUUAAAGAUGCUUGUGAGAGACUUGAAUUUAAGUAUCUGUUGCAGUUGAGGUUUCAGUAAAAUCCAAGAAUGAAGUUGCUUAUUCAUUUAAAAUAAAUCAUUAAUAUAUUGAACAUUGUUCAUAAAUACAUGCUAAUUUAUGUAUUUAUUCCCAACAGUGCAUAUUUUUAAACUGUAUAGGCUAAUUAACCUAACAACCCUGGUCUCCUAAUGUCUGAACACGCAUUUGUUCAUAAAUAUUGAAAUAAUGGUUUUGGUCUGCAGCUCCCUUGGGUUCCAGUUUAUUUAACCAGAGUGCACUGCUGUUUUUCAGCCACCAUAUCCUGUUUGAGAGCCAUUUGAUCGUGUUGGACUAAACACAAAUGUAUGUGUUAAUGGUUUAUAAUGCAAUUUCAUGUUGCAAUAAGCAGAUCAUAUUCUAAAGUGUUACCAAUUCAGGAUUUUUACUUUUUAAACUAUUAGUCUACAACCAACCAGGAGGCUACACAUUAUAUAUGUAUGCAGGUUUUCCAAUCAUUAUAUUUUCAUAUGUGUCAUAAUGAUUUAACAUAUAUAUGAAUUAUGUAAACAGAACAGGCAUUGCGAUUUCCCCAAUGACCAUUUGAGGGUGUGGUGUUUGUGACAGAGUUAUUUCUGUAGAUAGUUUGUAUGACAGAUAUUUUGUAUUAGGAUGUACUUCAUGUUUAAUUUUUUGUUAUCUUCUCAGAUAUUUAUGUUGGUGUAAUGUUAAUGAGUGCUGUUUGGAGGAUGGGGGAAUCUCUAUGCCUAAACAGAGAUAGGCCUAUAUAGAUUACUGACUUAUUCAUGAAGCAUUAGUGUCAUUUCAGAUUUGCCACUUUUCUUGAAAAAGUCUACAUUAAAAAAAAAAUCAAUGUUGGCUGUCGUUCCCACAACUCUUGUUAUAAGGCUGAAGAAAUAUUUGAAGACUGAAGAUUUAGUUCAACUGAAAAUGUCUGACAUGUUAGUCAACUGUGGAAGUAAAUAUUUUUUUUGACAUUAUGUUAUAUUUGCCCCACUUCUCAAGGUAGGUGAAGACUAUUCAUCACAAGGUGCAAACUGAUGUGCAGUCAGGAAAUGCAAAGCGGUCUGGGUAAUGCUCCCUGAUAGAACGGCUGGUGGAACCCAUAAACAUCUAGUCCUGAGCCUCACAUUUGCAUUUUGGUUUGUUCUUAUUUUGAAAAGCCCCAAGAAAUUCAUAAAAAGCUGAUGGACACAAUGACUUGCGCAUCAGUGUAAUACUUAACCAUGAAAAGAUCGAUAGCGGAACUGACGAUCAGUUGACCUGUUUGUGUAUAUAAACUCUUAUUGCACUUCCUAAUAACUUUGCCUGUAUAACUUAUAUAUUACUGUCUUGCAAAAGAAAAAAGAAAACAGCCCUAUAUUGAAUGUACCUUGCUUGCCUUUAAAAACAGUAUCAGAAAAAUGAUCUACUUAUAGAAUAAUGUAAUCCCUAUAUCUUUAGGUAGAUAUCUGUAGAAUAAGGUUUGCUCAAGUUAAAAUGGGAAAAAUCAAGUGCAAACAAAUGUUCAGCCCCCUCUCCAUUUCAUUGUUCUCCAAUCGUGUCCUUGACAUGAUUUCCCCCUCCAUUCCUCUCUUUUUCAUCUAUCCCCCUUUCCUUUCUGGAGAGGGGCUGCAUUCAGGGUUUGCAGCAGUGAACGAGUUAUCGGUUUGCAAAUAUAUGUGCACAUACCUGUACACAUAUGUACAUGCAGACAUUUACACACUACUGCAAAAGAGGAUUGUACAAAUGCAUUUUGACUCACAAAGAACAUAUAUUUGAAAGACAAUCAGUUUGCGAUCAAACAUGCACAUUAGAAUAUAAAUGGUUUGGUGGGGUACUACUACGACUGGUGACGACACCCACACAUUAGUUAACCAUUCCUCGCAAUGUCUGCCCCUAAACCCCUUUCCUUAUUCUACCCACCACUGUAAACUUGCCUUGUCCCCUGUCCCACCCACCAUCACCCCUUUACACCCUGGAGAAACAGGUUGUAAGAAUUUAGAAAAUGUUUUUGUAGGAUAUUUAUUUGUAUAUAGUACUAUAGAUUAAAAAUGUUUGGUCAGGUGAGCCUGCCUACAGAAUAUUUGUUCUCUGAUGUUGGGGAAUCACAGAGACUUACGCAUGUGAUCUGACAGUUACUGAGGGUAAUUCGUUCACAAGAUGGAUGUGUGUGUGCGCGUGUGUGCAUGAGAGAGAGAGAGAGAGAGUGGGGGGGGCACUGAGGUUUUUGGGACUGGACAAUGUGUGACAUGCAGCAUUAUACUAAAGAUACUCAAUAAAGUCUUCCUGAAGUAAGUCACA